AUGCAUAUAUUUCAACUAUGUUUGUUUUUAGGAAAUAUAGCGCUUUUAAUAAAUGUGGGAGACCAGAUACAUUUGAUGACCUUCAAUAACCCAAGUUUAUUUAAAUAUAAUGAAGUCAGCUCAGGAAAUAUUGUCAUCCUGUGUAGAUUAUUCUCGAGUAACGUGGUUACAUCCCUUAAAAAAUGUUCGCAACCACUCUAUGGUCAUGGUUUUGAUCAGUUAACGGGUAAUAAAUUUGGUCAGUUUAAUGAAAACCUCCUAUGUGUUACGGGAUACAGCCUACAAGUAGACGACCUCAAUUUCACUAGCAAAACCUCAAAGAAUGAUGUCUAUGGGUUUUUCUUUCUUUCCGAAAAUGAAUUAAAGGGUUAUGUAAAUAUUUCAUCUUCAGAAAUAUAUCCAUCAGGUUUUACUAUUCUCAUCGAAUCCAUAAAUCAAGAAUUAGGACAAAACGACAAUAAUUCAGUUCACUCUACUACUAUGUGCCAUUUAUUCGGUGCCACGUACAACUCCACUAUUUUUCCUUUAAAGGUUACGAUCUUCGAAAACGGUACUGAAGCAUCUUCAAACGUUCAAAGAUGGAGUCAAAUUUCACCAAGUAGAAAUAAUUCGACAUUUCAUUCUUUCAAUCAUACUAUUAACUCAACAUCAUCUACCAAUGUUCAAUUAUUUGAUUCACAUUAUCGUAACAACAACAUAGCCAGAAGAGUGAAACGCUCCUCUAUAUCAAUGACAAAUACCUCAAUUUUGAAUACAUUACAUGUUUUCCAUCGUCCCGGUGAAUCGCAGCCAUAUGUGGUGGAGUUGUUUAUGGUUGUGGAUGAAACUAUGGUUGCAGAAUUUCGUGGACAAUAUCAUCAAUUGAUUUCUCGUAUUAAUAUGAUUAUUGCACUUGUAAAUAAGUUGUUUGCUCCAUUCAACAUUGUAACAGUUAUUGUUCGUUUAGAAAUUUGGGAACAAGAUCGUGUUAGUUUAAAAGUUGAAGAACAUCAUCUGCUCACUGCAUUAGCUCAAUUUAAACGAAUGUAUGCUAAUGUGCGUCAUGAUUGCUUGCAUGCUCUAUUAGGUACAAAAGAACAAGGCUCACGAACACGUGGAAAAGCUAAUCAUAUGACCAUGUGUAUUUAUUCGCGUUGUGUUGGUUACAGUAGAGUAUCACCAACACUUGAUAUUAUUGAAACAGCUCGCACUAUCGCACAUGAACUUGGACAUAAUUUCGGUUUAAGACAUGAUACUGAAGAAUGUGAAUGUCAAGGUUGUAUAAUGGCUACUGGUGUAGAAUUUGGCACAACAGUUAUGAAAUGGUCACCAUGUUCUAUAAGAGAUUUACCAGGUCUGUUAAACCAUGGAAUGGGUGUUUGUUUACAUGAUUUGCCUGCUAGUGGGAGUGUAACAAUUAAUUCUUUCGUACCAAACUCUAAGACAUCUACACAUAGAAAGAAUAACAAUAAUGAUAAUAAUAAUAUAAGUAUUCCAAGUGUUGUACAUAUUUAUGAUUGGCAAAGUGAAGCGAAACGAACUCCAGUUAGUCGUGUAUUAACUAUAAGACAACGUCAUUCUGCCUCAUCUGUUGAGAAAUAUGCAAAUGGAUUAUGUGGAAAUGGGGUGUUGGAUCCUGGUGAAGAAUGUGAUUGUGGUACACAAACUUCAUGUCCAGAAAAGUGGCAAGCCUGUUGUGACCCAGUACGUUGUCGAUUACGUGGUAAUUCUCAGUGUGCUGGUGGUCCAUGUUGUGAUAUUAUUAAAAAAAAUUCCCUGGAAAAUGUAAAUCAAUCAGCAUCUUUUUAUUGUAAAUUAAAACCUUCCGGAACUAUCUGUCGUAAUGAAUCUGGUACUUGUGAUUUACCGGAAUAUUGUGAUGGUCGUAGUCAAUGGUGCCCAGCCGAUGUAUACAAAAUCGACGGUGAAUUAUGCUAUACCGAUGAAGGUCGUCGUGCUCAUUGUAUUCGUGGUGGUUGUCGUGAAGCAGAUGGUUGGUGUCGUGUAUUAUGGGGUAAAACUGCCAGACUUGCUGAUAAAUAUUGCUUUUAUGAAAAUGAAGUAAAGAGUAAAAAAUCUAAUGUCGAUUCUGUAGCAAAUUGUGGCGUACACCGACCAUUAUCUAAAAAUCGAUGGGAAGAUGUAAAAACGUGGACAGGAAUAGCUUGUGAAACAUGGCAUGAUACGUCCUGUGGACGAUUAUGGUGUCAUCAUCAAAAUGAAAAAGCUAUGCUUCUUGGUUGGAUUCAGUCACAAACACGUGUUAUUCACUCAUCUGGUCGAUCAUGUUCUGCACUAGUAUAUGAUCCAGUUUGGCCGGCUUCAGAUCCUACCACUUGGGACGAGAACAAAUUAGUUCAAAUUAAUGCGAAUGGUGCAGGUGUUGGACUUUAUUCAGCAAAUACACAAGAUGCUGGGAUGGUUCCUGAUGGGACACCUUGUUCUCGAGGCUUUUGUUACAAUGGUACUUGUAAAACAAUCGAUAAUGUUCGUCCACUGUAUUCAUGUUAUUGCAAUGGUCGUGGCAUUUGUAAUAAUUUAGGACAUUGUCAUUGUUCACCCGGUUAUAAACCACCUUACUGUGAAGAAGAUGGAAAUGGUGGCAGUGUAGACAGUGGGCCGCCUCCAAUAAGUAGGAUCAAGGAUAACACAUUACUUGUUGUAAUAUGCAUCCUUUUCUUUGUGAUUUUACCUCUCAUUGGAUUUGGCGUAUACUAUGUAUUUAUACGUUCUGGUAGAUGUUUAGUGAGCACAUCAAAGGAGUUUAUUUAUACAAGUAGUGGUUUACGUAAACCAUGUGAUAAAAAUUGUACAGAAUGCUUUUGUCAAGUAUUCAGAAAUGACAAAGCCAAAAAUUCAAAACAAAGUGAUAGACUCGAAAAGCCGUACCCCUUACUUGCAUUCGCAGCCUUCGAUUCAAAAGUCACAGAGAAUAAGGGAUUCAUCAACGGUCAAACCAAUGGUUACUGCAAUGUCACAUCCAAUGGUAAACUAUCAAACGGUUCUUACAGACCAGUUAAACCAAAAACAGUCAGCUUUGAACCAGUGCCCUCUAAGAAAACAACUUCCAAUUUCAGUGGAGUCAAAACAACUUGCUCACAAAACACCUUGUUCACUAAUUUAUCAACAGAAAAUAGCACAAAAGCAGCAAACAAAUAUCACCGCACAGAUAAAAACUGCAUCAUCAAGGAAGAUAAUAAAGAAACAAUCCCAACUAGUCACCUGAAGUUUACUAAAUUCGAUAGUCAACAUCUCUCCACCGCUUUUGAACAUCACCAACAACAUUUACACUCGAACAGUACAUCUAUAAAGCCAACUACAUUCAUUUCAGAACCCCGACUUGAAACAAUGACUUAUGAAGGACCAAUGUGUUCUUUAAAUGAUCCAAUUAUAAUUAAUACAUUACAACGUAAAUCUAAAAACACACUUGAUAAUCAAUCAAAACCUGCUUCAUUUACUAAUUCUCAAUCAUCUAUUAAUAAACAAAAUUGUCAACAGAAAACAAUCACUAAUCAACCCCUUACAACGCAACCACUGACAACAACAGUUGUAACAGGUGGACGUCAACCACUUUCAUCGAAAGAUAUAUCUGAGCCAUUAUUACAAGCAACUACAUAUAACGAAAGUUUAUCGGAUCUAAAAACAGCUAGAUUGAGAUUAUCACAGAAAGAAUUUGAACUUUGA